GCAUAAGUUAAUAACAAUGUGCUAUGCCAGCAACAAAGACAGAGAAAUUUAAUGUGAAUCGUCAUCCUUUAAACAGUAAUUCUCCUUUGAAACUUCAGAGAUGAAAAUUGAUAUUCAUAGUCACAUUCUACCUAAGGAAUGGCCUGAUCUGAAACAGAGAUAUGGCUACGGUGGGUGGGUCCAGUUGGAUCACCAUUGCAAGGGACAGGCAAAAAUGAUGAAAGGGGGAAAAGUUUUCAGAGUUAUCCAGGAGAACUGCUGGAAUCCAGAGGUUCGGAUUAAAGAGAUGAAUCAGUCAGGAGUCACUGUACAAGUGCUUUCUACUGUUCCUGUAAUGUUCAGCUAUUGGGCAAGACCUGAAGAUACUUUAGAUCUAUGCCAAUUAUUAAAUAAUGACUUAGCCACCACGGUAAAAAAAUACCCCAGGCGGUUUAUUGGCCUUGGCACAUUACCCAUGCAAGCUCCAGACCUAGCUGUGAAGGAAAUGUAUCGGUGUGUGAAUGAGCUUGGCUUUCCAGGGGUACAGAUAGGAUCCCAUGUCAACGAAUGGGACCUGAAUGCACCAGAACUGUACGAUGUCUAUGCUGCUGCUGAGCAAUUAAACUGUAGCUUGUUUGUGCAUCCCUGGGACAUGCAGACAGAUGGAAGGAUGUCUAAGUACUGGCUUCCCUGGCUUGUAGGCAUGCCAGCAGAAACAACUGUAGCCAUCUGCUCAAUGAUUAUGGGUGGAAUUUUUGAAAAAUUUCCUAAACUGAAAGUUUGCUUUGCACAUGGAGGUGGCUCUUUUCCCUAUACUCUCGGACGUAUUUCCCAUGGGUUUAAUGUGCGCCCUGAUUUGUGUGCAGUGGAUAAUAAUGUCGAUCCAAAGAAAUACCUUGGUUCAUUUUACACCGAUUCACUCGUCCAUGAUCCUAAGGCUCUGAACCUGCUAACAGACAUAAUAGGAGAGAUUUAGAAUCCAAGACCAGAGCGGGAGAGAAACAGCAGCACACAAAUAUGCAACUAAAGGUUGAUUAUCCCGGAUGCAAUGCAAGUUUCAGAACAGUUGGGGGUUGGACUAGAUGACCUCCUAAGGUCCUUUCCAACCUUAAUUUUCUAUGAGUCUAUGAAUUCAGAAUUUGUCCUGUGGAAGAUUCUCCAGGUGUGCCUUCAUCUGUCUCUGUGAGCAUCGAUUUCUAUAAACAAACUGCAGUGACAGCAAAUACCUUUAGUGACUCCAUGAUCCUGGGCACUGUUGACACUUACAGAACAUCAACUAAAUAGAUAAAAAGAGGAGGAAAAGUGAAAACAAAUUGUAACUGGACAAUUUUAGAGCAAUGCACCAUUUUAAAUGUAAUACAUAACUAGCUUUCCUAGUGUCUCUUACUUUGUCACUAGAACUUUCAAAUUAAAUGUCCCAGUACAAUAAACAUGAGCAAUGUAUUAUAUGGGACAUUGGUCUCUUUUGUAAUUUAUUCUGUGAUUUAUUUGUGUGUGUGUGCUUAACCAUAUGGCAACCAGUAGGAAAGUCUAGAAAAGGUUGCAGGUUUAAGGGACAGGGAAAUGACUUUUCCACACCUGAUUCUGUUUUCUUAAUUAAAUCUGAGAAACUAUUUGCUGUCUUUUGCUUCCUGUAUGCUGGGAGGCAGAGCAUCUUCUUACUAUACUUUUGCAUUUCUUAAGAAAUGUCAGGGUUGUCUUUAAUGUCUAUCCAUCCUUACCUGUUUUUAAUAAAUACAGUUAUGCAUGGACAUGCAGACUAUAAUGGCUUUUUCUGACUGGAACAGCCCAAAAAAUCUUCCUUUUAAUGCCUGAAAUGUGGAAAUAUAGGAGGGAAAUGCAAGAGUUUAAUAAAUGCAUAUCUUGUAUGCUUCCUUUACAUAGAAUAUCUCUAAGUUGGCAUGUAUUCUCCCUGAAAUGGUCCUCCAUUUCCAACUGUUCCCUUUGUCUCCUUGCAGGCUUGUCCUCCUAUCAUCUUUCACACUAUUCCUUUAUGUAGAAAAAUUUUCCCACUCUCUAUGUAUGCUCCCCUCCUUGAUGCAGCAUUUUAACUACAGCAACUACUCUGGUUCUUCAUGCCAUGCACUGCACCUUUUUGAGUCAUAUUACAGCCAUUUCUCUUUUUAUUUCGCUUAAAAGAUUUUGAUGGAGAGAGUCUUUUCCUUGGCAUAUUUAACUUACUGUGAAGUCCCCUUGUUAUGAUU